AUGCCUGAACAAGUCGACAACGCCGCCCUCCUCAAAGACGCCGACACCUGCCUGUUGAAAUAUGGCUCCAAAUUCCUACCCGAGGUAGUCACUCGGACGGAGAACAUCUACUUCUGGACGGCAUCAGGCAAAAAGGUACUGGACUGGACGUCGGGUCAAAUGUCCUGUUUGAUCGGACAUGGACACCCUGAAAUCGUCGAGACUAUUACCAAGCAUGCUAUCGGGCUUGACCAUGUGUAUAGUAGCAUGGUAUCUCCGCCCGUCAUCGAGUUGGGGAUGCAGUUGACCAAAGCCCUGCCGGAGGGACUAGACAAAGCCAUAUUCUUAAGCACAGGUAGCGAAAGCAACGAGUGUGCUAUCAAGUUGGCAAAGGUCGUCACGGGGAAGUUUGAGAUUGUUGGUUUGGCGGCCAGUUGGCACGGUAUGACGUUCGGGUCAAAUGGGGCUCAGUAUUGGAAUGGCAGGGCAGGAUAUGGACCAACGAUGCCGGGAAACCUCAUGCUACCGGCUCCGGACGCGUAUCGCUCGAUCUUCCGUCAUCCAGACGGCUCGUACGAUUGGAAAACGGAGUUGGAUUACGGUUGGUCUCUGGUUGACAAACAAUCCUGUGGAUCGCUGGCCGCCGUAAUCAUGGAGCCGGUGUUGUCCUCCGGAGGCAUGAUAACGCUACCGGAUGGAUAUAUGAAAGCUAUGAAAGCUCAUUGUGAAGCACGAGGGAUGUUGUUGAUCGUUGACGAGGCCCAAACUGGCAUGGGACGUUGCGGCGACCUCAUAGCCUCAAACUAUCAUGGAGUCGUCCCGGAUAUCCUGACCCUGAGUAAGACUUUGGGUAACGGUCUCCCGCUAGCCGCAACAAUAACCAGUAACAGGAUAGCAGGUCUGGCGGACGCUGCUGACUUCCUGUUCUAUACCACCCAUGUUAACGAUCCCUUACCUGCCGCAGUUGGCCUCAAAGUACUUCAGAUUAUCCAGCGAGAUAACCUGGUAGAAAGGGCAGCAGUUCUUGGAAAGCUGUUGCAUGCAGGACUGGAACGUCUCAUGUCUCGAUAUGGCUGUAUUGGCAUCGUACGUGGUCGUGGAUUAAUGGCCGGAGUCGAGAUUGUUUCGGACCGUGAGACCAAGAAGGCAGAUACCGAUCUGGGCAGACGACUUUCCGAACGUGCUUUCGAGCUGGGCGUUUCCGCUAUGCUGUCCUCGCAAGGUAGCUUCUAUGGCUGCCUGAGGAUUGCGCCCCCAAUUGUGAUAACUCAGCAGCAGCUGGAGGACGGGCUAAGCAUCCUUGAAGAGGCAUUCCGGACUACAGAGGGUUCAAAGCCAUUGUAUCAAGGUUAA